AUGGAUGAAGACUAUUUUGUGGGUGUCGACGUCGGAACCGCGUCAGUUAGAGCGGCAGUUGUAGACACAAAAGGUGUCAUAUGUGGGUUGUCAAGUAACGAGAUUCUAACGUGGACCUCUCGCACAGACUACUAUGAACAGUCAAGCGACAAUAUUUGGCAAAGUGUUUGCCUAUCUGUAAAACAAGCAACCGAAAAAGCUAAUGUAUUUGGACCAAAGAUAAAAGGCAUUGGGUUUGACGCGACGUGCUCUUUAGUAGUACUAGAUUUGACGGGGAAUCCAUUGUCUGUUUCACCAGACGAAAACUUUCAAGAGAAUGAACGUAAUGUCAUAUUGUGGGCAGACCACAGAGCAGCCAAGCAAGCUGAAAAGAUUAAUGCGACCAAACAUCAUGUAUUGAAUUUUGUGGGCGGAAAAAUUAGCUUGGAAAUGGAAACACCGAAAAUACUUUGGCUUAAAGAAAACAUGACCGAUGAACGAUGGGAAGAAAUUGGUCAUUUUUUUGACUUACCAGAUUUUUUAACAUACCGUGCAACUGGCUCAUUUGCACGAUCCGUUUGUUCACUGGCAUGUAAAUGUGGUUUCGUGCCAUCUGAUCCAAAUAAUAAUGAGAAAAAAAGUAAUUCUGGAUGGUAUGAUGAUUUUUUUGAGAUGAUCGGUUUGGGUGAGUUUGUUAAAGACAAGUAUUCCCGAUUAGGCGGUAUUCCUGGUGUUAGUGGUAGAAUGUGGUCAGCUGGUCAAUUGGUUGGUGGGCUGUCUAAACAAGCGGCAAAAGAACUGGGUUUAGACGAAGGCACUAGUGUUGGAGCAGCUGUGAUUGAUGCAUAUGCUGGUGCAAUAGGCACCUUGGGUGCUCCAUUGCCCGUCUUAAAACCAGCUACAACAACAACAAAAUCAAAGGCUAAGGAUGAAAACGAAGACGAUGAAAUCUCUUCGAUUCCAGCCAAAUUUGAAGACCUGUCAAAAAGACUUGCAGUAAUUUCUGGUACAUCAUCAUGUCAUCUAGUCUUAUCUCCAAAACCGAUAUUUGUAAAUGGUAUAUGGGGUCCAUAUAGAGAUGUAAUUAUGCCCAAUUACUGGAUGUCAGAAGGAGGUCAAUCUGCUACCGGACAACUCAUUGACUGGAUUGUCAACGCACACCCAUUCAGUAGUGAAGCGAAAGCAUUAGCCGAAUCUCGUAACUUAUCAAUCUACAAUCUUCUCAAUAAUCACAUAAUCACAAUGCAAGCACGUGAAAAAGCAGAGUUUCCUGGACUGCUUAUCAAAGAUCUGCACGUUUAUCCCGAUUUCCACGGGAACAGAAGCCCUUUAGCGGAGCCUAAUUUACGCGGCACAAUAACCGGCUUAUCGAUCGAUAUUUCUCUUGAUUCGCUUGCACUCGUUUAUUAUUCGACGAUAUUAUCGAUUGGCUUUGGCACACGAGAAAUUAUCGAAUCGUUAAAUAACGCCGGACAUAAAGUAAACACAUUAUUACUUUCUGGUGGGUUAUGCAAAAAUUUACUGUUUGUCAAAACUAUAGCUGAUGCGACACAAUGUCCAGUUCUUCUACCGAAAUAUAUUGAGGCAAGCGUAGUUUUCGGGGCAGCUAUUUGUGGUGCAAAAGCGAGUGGUAUUCUUUUACCCAAAAAAGAUUCAACCGAUGAUAAUGCUGUUUCUGCGGAUAAUAAGAUAAAAAAAAUUAGUGUUGCCGCUGCUGAUGACGAUAGUGAUCUUGAAAUUUGGGAUGUUAUGGUAAAAAUGUCGAAACCGGGCAGUAUAGUGCGACCAAACAAUAAUGAAAAAGAAAUUAAGUUCAACCAAACAAAGUAUAAUGUCUAUAAAUUGUUGCGUCAAGAUCAAGUAAAAUAUCGUGAUAUAAUGGAAAACGAAAAAUAG